ACAGUGAAGGUCCAAGGCAAUGACAUCUCCCACAAGCUACAGAUCUCCAGAGUCAGCAAGAAUGACGAAGGACUCUAUGAGUGCCGGGUGACCAGAGCCAACUAUGGAGAGAUUGUGGAAUACAAAGCCCAAGCCUGGCUUAAGGUCAACGCCACAGCCAGGCCUCGACGGCCACUGCCCCCCGCCAAGAAGAGCUCCCCACUGCACCUGAAAGAUAAUAAGCCAAGAAAGUCCACCUCACCAUUGAGCCAAGACAACAUGAGUUCAGACCAGAGGGUGGCCUCCACAUCCACCUCCCACACAUCCUCCAAUACAGCUAAACGCAUCCCCAGCUCAGGUACAAGAAUAUCGUGCAGCUUUGGACUUGCCGUCCUGCUUCUGGUGUGUGGCUUGGUGAGGGAUGCCUUGUUAUAAUUUAAAGAACAGUCAUAAGUCUCUCCCAUAUUCUAGCCCAACUGUUGGCUUUGAAAGCAAACAGAGGGAAAAAAAGAAAAAGUAAUUGCCUGUUUUACCUCCCUUCGUAACCUGCUCACCAUGACCCACCCCCUCUGGAGCUCUACCACGCGGACAGCACAGUUUACCCCUCAUUUCCUCCCCACUUCUGCUCUUGCACUUAGCAUAUUGUUACUAGCCACUAUAAACACCAGUCACGACUGCAGCGGAAGGAUCACCUUUUUUCUACAGACGCCAUCGGAGAAGCCGCGCGAAAAACACCUGGACUCUAUCUCAUUGGGUAACUCUCAUGGAAGAAUGACUUUCUUAUUCGAUGUUGACAUUUCCGUGUUCAUUGCUGAAAAGUAAACAAGAAAAUCAAAGAAUCUAUAUUUGUGUAGUAUAUAUGAUCCUAGAUAUAUGUCUGUUUUAUUUGAACCACAUAGAACUAAUGUAUGUGCUGUAUACAUAGCUGCUGCUGAUAUCGGCCAUGGAUCAUUGUGAAUAGGCCCUCUAGCCUCCAGGUGAGAUCAAUCUAAAAACAGUAUGUGUCAAAUUAGACGAUUGAUGUUGAGCUUUGAAGUUAAAAGGUUCCUUCUGUUUCCGUUUCUCUUUCAGCCAUAUUAGCCGUCCGCAUUUCAACUGUGCAUAAUUUUAACAUCUUGUUAGUGAUUCAUUAUAAGACAUGCAUGCUUGGGCUGAAGGUUUUAAAGCAGAGGAAAAUAUCAAACCUACACGAGGCCAACACUUGUUACGGCGUUAUGAACUGCGUUUUUUUUAAUUUUUCUGUGCUAGCUUUGGUGUGAAAAUAAUGCCCCUCCCCCCCUUUGUCAUUUUAAUUUGUAAUGCAACCUAAGUAGGAAUAAAACAAACAAAGUCUCUAUUUUAUGACUUAUUGUAACUGCUGAUGUGUGACAGCUGGAUGACUGAUUUUACACCAAUGUUUCGCCCAGCGGGCGCCUCAUCAGAGGAGGAAUCUAUUCAACUCUAAAUUUCAAUGGAUCUGAAACCUGAUCACACUUCUUUAUAAAAUGCAAACUAUUUCUCCUGUUAAAUAUUGAAUCGGAGGUAAAUCAUUUCCAAACUUUUUCCACCUUUAAUGGGACACAUUCUGCAAGAUUUAACUCUCAAAAGAGAAAAAAAUACAUCCCCUAACUGAAGCCUUGAUUCGCAUUCAUCAAAAGCAACACGUUGUUUAAUGACAUUGGCAUUAAAAUGUUUGCUAUGGAACUGUGAAGACAGUCAUGAAUAAUUUGGAAAAGAAAAUAUGGCACAUGUGCUUGUGUUUCCCUAACAUCACUAAGAGGAUUGAAAGGUGCAGCAUUAGUGCCAUGUUCUGAUUAGUACAACCAUCUCCUGUGCUCCAUGGGGACAACAUGAUAUAGAUAAAUAUAGCAAGAGAUUAAUACAUGUAAAUGUAUAAUCAAAUACAUUUCCAAAUAAAUAAAUCUACCCUUAAAUAUCUAAAAUAUACCCUUAAAUUAAUAUCCCUAAAUAGUAUACUCUACUAAAUACUUGCCAUUCUAUCUGUAUUUAUUCAUUUCACGGCGUCUUUGCAGUGUAAACUCCAAUCAGGAGCUUUUGUUGCAGGACGAUAGACAAUUUGGGUUAAAUUGAUUCUGGUUUGAUGACACCAAAGCUGCACUCCUGGGAUCAAAUUCUAAAAAAGGGCUAAGUCAACUCAUUUUAAAAUAAUUAGAUAAACACCACAAGCCAAAUGUUAAUGAGAAAUUAAAGCUAAAUAUGCCAAGCCUUUCAUCCUGAUAGUGUUUAUUUAGUCCUUUUUGAGCCUGAAAAGAGUUUUUGCACAGGGUGCAAUUCAUCAACCUAUGCGAUACUAUAUAGUGGACUUUAUAGUGAACUUAUGAACUGUCUGUUCAGACAGAUGAUUACUACGUUUUGCUCCUAAUUGGUCACCAUUGGACUCC